CCUAGUCCAGAAAGAGCACUUCUAUAAAAACAUCAUCUCCAAAACCCUAGUUUUCUUCUCAUUUCACCUCCAAUUCCAGAGAAACAGAGUUCGCCGCAAUGACGACGAGAUUGAAGAAGAACAGGAAGAAGAGAGGGCACGUGUCAGCCGGACACGGUCGUAUCGGAAAGCACAGAAAGCAUCCCGGUGGUCGUGGUAAUGCCGGAGGUAUGCACCACCACAGAAUCCUGUUCGACAAGUACCAUCCUGGUUACUUCGGCAAAGUCGGUAUGCGUUACUUCCACAAACUCAGGAACAGGUUCCACUGCCCCAUUGUCAACAUCGACAAGCUUUGGUCAAUGCUUCCCGAAGAUGUCAAGGAGAAGGCUUCCAAGGAAGGCAAGGCUCCUGUCAUUGAUGUUACCCAGUUUGGUUACUUCAAGGUUCUUGGUAAGGGUGUUUUGCCUGACUCGAAGCCUAUUGUUGUUAAGGCUAAGUUGAUUUCUAAGAUUGCUGAGAAGAAGAUUAAGGAGAAUGGCGGCGCUGUUCUUCUUACUGCUUAAAUCUUUUCUUUUUAUUUAUGCAAUUUUGCUUGGUUAAAUUGUCAUAGGAAUGUUAUGAAAGGAUUUUAAUGCUCAAAUGUUACAUUUUUCAAUUUAGAUCUGGAAUUUGAGAACCCCUUUUUGUUCUUGUUUCAUAUUGAUUUAAUGAUAUGAACUAGUAUUUGAGCAUUUUUGGUUUU